AUGGCUUCCUUCCAGUCUUUCACGAUGCAGCACGAGCUUUAUCUUCACCCCCUCCUCGGUUAUUCCCAACACAAUAUCACCCCCGGCCACUGCUGUCCCAUACUGUGGGAUCUGCAUGAACCACCCGAAGCCGCACGACGCGUCCUCCAGCUCGACAAGCCACUCGCACCCUCCGAACUGAAUCAACUCGCUACUUCACCCCCCGUCGUCGAGCUUACCAUCACAUGCGACCUCUUUCCAGGCGAUUGGCCGAUCGUGGUCCGUCGUCUGCAGGGCGUCACCGUCCUUGACGCUUUCGAAGCCGUCCAUACCGCCCUCAUGCGACAGAUUCGACAGGAGGAAUGGGAGCAACUAUGUCCAAAACAACAGGCACGAGUCGAGAUUGUGUUCAACAAUCGCUGCAAGUUAUCUCUCGAUCGCGACGCGUGUCGUUCGCGUGGUGUCCUGCGAAUUGACUGCCUGCUAUACCACGUCUGGUUCGGUGGGCUUUCAAUUUCGCCGGGUUUGGAAAACACCCUCAUCCUCACCUUGCGCCGCCCACAAUAA